AUGGGCUUUGAUUCCUCCUCUCUCCAACCAUCCACCCUCCAAGUUCCAAGCCAAGUUCUCCUCCCAACAACCAAACCUGCUCCUCCUCUCUCCCCUUCUCUCCCCCCCCCCCCACCAGCACUUGAAAACCCCCACGUGCUCUCACUAUUCUCAUUUUCCUUCGCAGGCUUUGAUUUUACGCUUAGCUCUUUCAGAGCCGUUUCAGCUUCUACUCCCUUCACCUUCGCAACCAUGGCUGCUCCCGACGUCGCUCCCACUCCCGGCGUUCAUACCGGCAAGGUGAAGUGGUUCAACAGCACCAAGGGCUUCGGCUUCAUCACUCCCGAUGAUGGCGGAGAGGAGCUCUUCGUCCACCAGACGAGCAUCAAGGCUGAGGGCUUCCGCAGCCUCGACGAAGGCGAGGCCGUCGAGUUCACCAUCGAGACCAGCGAGGACGGCCGCACCAAGGCCGUUAACGUUACCGGCCCGGCUGGUUCCUACGUGAAGGGCGCUCCCAGGCGCGACGGCUACGGCGGCGGUGGCGGCCGCUUCGGCGGCGGCGGCUUCGGCGGCCGUGGCGGUGGACGCUUCGGCGGCGGCCGCGGCGGCGGACGCUUCGGCGGCGGACCCGGUGUGUGCUACAAUUGCAACAUGCCCGGACAUCUUGCUCGCGACUGCCCCACGCCUGGUGUGGGCGGUGCCCCCGGUGGCGGUGGUUCCCGUACUUGCUACACAUGCAACCAGCCCGGCCACAUCGCCCGUGACUGCCCUCAGGGGGCGCAGUGA